GACAUACUCAAAGGCUACCGGUUAAACAAAAGGACAUACCUUCCUCGAGCAAUAGAACCUUGUUUGAAAUAGCUCUCAAAGGUGUAUGAAAGAAAAUGAGACCACUUAUACGACGACAAGCAUAUGAAUAGAGGAGGGCACAAUACUUUCCCUUUUACCCAUUGUAACGCACCAAGGAAGCUAUUCAAAUCGCGUUUGAAUGUCCGCAGAGCAUGUGCGCCACGGAGGCAGGCUUAUAUUAUAACAUGGAAUGCCGAACGGGAUCCGCUAGUUCUGCGGUAUAAUGUUACGUUUGUAGGUCCAUGGUUCACCCCAAAGUAAUCCGGCGGUAGAUCAGAAAGUUAAAUCGGUCAAAUGGAUUUCAUCACAUAAUAUCAAGCAUUUCAAGUAUUUCUUCACCGAUAAUAAACUAUUAGUGGUCAUAUUUUGCUAUGUGAACAGCGUCACAUCAUCGACAGAUCCGAGAUACACGUAUUUCCGAAUGAGAGUUGCGCUUUAACGGAGCCAGAGAUUAUGACAUUUAUUUGAAUGGAUAUAAGUUUUUAAAUAUAGUUUUGGCUGUGUUUCCUUGACUUAAACUUGUGAAAUUAUGACAUCCUGUGGUAAAGGGUUCGAAUCACGAUCUUCGGAGACGUCAUCAUCAGGCGACAUCAAUUCACAAGCAGACAUGAGGGAAGUCAUCAAGGUCGUUCUCCUGAGGGUGGCUAACAAGACAACGUCUCGCUAUGGCGUCACGCUCUUCCUCUUCUGUUCAUCCAUGUGGCUCCUAACACAGGCAUUUCUGGCCCUUCACAACGGAUGCUGGAUCAGCAACCCACAGAUUCUCAGCAAGAUCAAGGAGAAGACAGCAGCAGACUGCCGGAUGUCGAAAAAUGGAGCGGGAAUCCACAAAGAACAAGUCAAAGUUUUGCCAGACCCAAAGCUGGUGCCUGACGCCUUUCAUCAUCUGUUGUCGGGACAAACAGGUGGUGGCCCGGUUGAUGUUGACAGGACAGUUUUUAAUGUUAUCGUGGAAAGGGGAGUCGCUGCCCAAGCUAGGGCACCGAUGUCUCAGGCUAAGAGUGACACUCAAAGCAUGCAGCAGAAAGAGACUGUGGACGUUGCAGAAGGUCAGAGGGAAAUAAGGUCAGAGAGCAAACUUGUGGGUGACCAAGUUGUAGCAGAGCCAAACGCAAAUAAGAAUACAAUAAUGCAUUUAGGUUUGACCAGUGAAAACAAGACAUAUUCUCAUCAAGAUAAGGCUCCUGCCCCAGACAGAAAGUUUGUUCAAGAACAUGGCCAAGCAAUGAUAAGAAACAACGGGACGGCGAUGAAACAGUCAUCAAGGGAGCCUACAGCAAAGCCAUACAUUCCGCUACCAUCGGGGUCCGGUGUACCGGUCCUAAACCCAGUCCCUUACACGCUCCCUGCAAACAUUUCCAAGAAUGUUUUCAAGAUCACCAAAGCGUCUUGGGAGACCAUGGGUUGCUUCAACCGUGUGACGAUAUUCGCCCCAGGCGCGAACGCCUUGCCCAAAGACAGCGAAUGGCAGGAGUUAUACAAAUCCUUCAGGAAAUAUCUCAUGGGAUAUUACCUCCUGAAGUGUCCCGAGAGUGUAUGCGAUAUCAUCCUGCGUGCCUCUACGUUGCCGAAGACAAUCGCAGGAAGCAGCGCUGUGCUUGUAGGCCCAGGCAUGAAAAACAUGCGCAAAAAGACGCGGUUGGUUAUGGACGAAGUGAAACGUCUUACUCCUGAUAAUCUCCUCAAGGUCUAUCUAUUCUCCCUUGAUAACUCCCCGAUGAUGAACCAUUAUGACCCAUCUCUGGCGAAUUUCGAGUACCACUACAGUAUGACCUAUCACUCCCAAUCGGAUGUGCCAAUACCUUAUGGUCGGUACCGUCAAGGGGUUGGUGCAGAAACCGCAAGGAACUGGGCAUACGGUAAGAAAGGUCUCGUUGCUUGGGUUGAAGACAACUGUGACAGGACUUUCUGGCCACGCAUAGAGUACGUUCGUGGGCUCAGCAAACACAUCUCUGUUGAUAUAUAUGGUAAAUGUGGGAAUAGGACGUGUAAUUCGACACACUGCGAAGAAGAAUUGAAAGGCUAUAAAUUUUACCUCGCUUUGGAGGAAGCAGCCUGCGACGAAUUUUUGACGCUGAAUUUCUGGCAACGCGCCCUGUCAUCAGGGGCCGUACCCGUGGUUUACGGGGGAAAGAAAUACGCCUACACUAAAGUUGCGCCUCCAGAUUCGUUCAUCCACAUAGCCGACUUCGAAUCUCCUGCAGAAUUGGCAAGAUAUCUCCUCAAACUCAGCUCAUCAGAUCUUGAAUACAACAGAUACCACCACUGGCGGACACUGGGGUCUGUUCAAGUUUCUGGGCCAGGGUUCAGCCUAGAUUCUUUAUGCGGUAUGGUGCCACAGUUGAUUCACCUGUCACCGCCGAAGAGAAGAGUGAUGUCAAGAGGAAAGUUUUACCGCAGUUGUCGAAAGGGUAUCUACGUCAAUGGUUUUGCAGGGUCGGGAGAUCUUAGCAACUGGACACCCUGGAGGUAACCAAAACUGUUUUACACGAAACCGGAAACAGUUCAAUACCCUGCAAUCAAAAUAAUAAGUAUUAUACACAAAACUGCGGUGACAAUCAAACGUUUCUGUAAACACGUUUGAUAUGAAAUUUUGACUUGGACAUGAUGGAUGAAGGAUUGAGAUGUGCCAUUUGUAGUCAAGUUCCUAUGACGGCUGUUAGUCAGGACGUCAGAAUCGCCGUGACACAGCCCGAUUUUGAAGCAAGGGUGUGGUGACAAAAGGCACUUCAGACUUGCUCCCCUGAAGAGGAACAUAAAUUAAAAUACCAUAUAUCAUUCAGUGUGUCCCGGAAAACACCCAGUAUUGUCAAUAAGUUAUCAUAACUUAUUAACACAAUAAGAAAACACAUUAUUGUAAAGCUUGGUGUCUCCUCCUUCAUCUCAUUUACAUGUAGCUUAAAAGAGUUUCAUUCGUGCAUAAGUGAGGAAAAUAAUUUGAAGAAAGAGUACCAAAAAAGGCAAUCAGCAGACGGUAUCUGACAUUCAAAAAGAAAAAAAAAUCAUAUCUGCUCUUCAAAUUAAAAGCCAAAUCAAGGAAAAUUAUCAAGGAAUAAUCAAGUUCCGUUUAUAUAAAAAUGCAGAUUUUCUUGCUGGAGUUUAGAUACUGUUCGCCAAAUGGUCCCUUCUACAGAGUAUUUAUUCACUCAUGUGACAUUUGAGAUUAACUCUUACUAUGCCAUGCCCAAUACCCCUCUAGUGCCAGGGAUAUUCGAGGGAAUCCUAAAUUGACCGAAACGUAAGCAGAGACCGAUUUUAAAACGGUCAUAUCUCUUUACCCGUACGUUGUAUAAUGAAACCUUCUACAUAUGAAAUGAUGCAUGGUUCAUGAACUUUAUGAUCAUGUUAUGACCUUUCAUAUUUGCAAUCGGAAAAAUUGAGAAAAGAUGAAAUAUUUUACAUCGUUUUUUUUCAAUAAGUAAAACAUAGAAAAUUAUGAUUUCAUGAACAUUUCAAAGAGUAAAUAACCUCAGUAAUUAUAGAGAUACCAACAAAUUAAGAGGAUAAAAUGAAAGUUCAAUGUUUACCCUUUCAAAUGACGUAUCUAUUGAUGAAAUUGAACAAACAUAAAUAUGAAAAAUAAUGCUCUUUUUAAUGAAAUACUAUUUUGCUAUUCAAGUUAUUUCCUCUGAAAUGUGAGAGGGUUUAUACACACGAAAUUGAAACCGACCUUUCCAAAAAAGGGCAUUGUCGUCGAUCAAGUGACCAAUCACAGCACAGCUGCGAUCCCCACGCAAACACACACAAUAAUAUAUUGGAGCCAUGUAUCUUCACAGUGCAGCCAACCGUACCCUUACAUUCGUGUAGUCUUCAAAACAAGACCCUGUAAUUUUUCAGAAUGCGCGGUAUUCCGAAACUACCGCUAUUGGGGAAACAAAAUUAUUAGCGCAGUGUAAAUUUUAUGUCAUUUCAAUUCUUGUCAAUAUUGUCGUAAUGCAAAACAUGUUUUAGAAAAAUCGUAACCUGGAUAUGAGUUGUGGUGUGCGAUGCACUCAACUAUAUACUGUUUUGGAUAAUGUAGGCGAUUUCUAUCCAGUGUCGGCAACAAACAUUUGCGACCCACUCAACUAUCGUUCUAAAGCAUGAAUCAGUGAAAAGUUUGGCCAUAUUUUGUCAGGGUCGAUUCGUCGUACAUACUAUACGGGCUUUCGACUGUAACAAAGUUAUUGCCAGUCAGAAGGAGACAAAAUAUAGAAAACUAAAGAUGAUAUAUUGAAAUAUAGAUAAAGAGGGAUCGGACAGAUUCAAUACUAACAGGUUUGGGGUGUAAAAUCCCACAAAAUAAUAUGGGCGUUUUUGGCAAAGUAUUAAAAUAUUAUGAACGUUGAUAUUUGUGAACACUCAUUUUUAAACUGUCAAAAAAUGUUAAUGUUGAGCCGUUUUGAAGUAAGAGACCCCCCCCCCCCGCGGCUUCCAGGGUAACCAAAAUUAAGAUAAACAUAAUGAAUAAUUACGCAAUUAGAAUUUUGUGAUUACAGUCAUUAUAAUACUGGUAUUCUGACAAUUUACAGACUGUAAUCUGGGCCAACUAUGCAUCUCGUACAUGCCAAGGAAUGGACAAUACAUGCCGGAUAUUCUUUUUCGUGUGGAUAAUAUAAUGCAAUAUGAAUAUGAAAAUAUAAUGGAAAUUUUAGACAAAAAAAGGGCCCCAUUGCAUAUUAUGUCUUUGAAUAAUUGAUUAUUUUCAAACUUUAGGCUUCAUUCAUUCCGCAAGCGAGCAAAGUAGCCACCUGUCUGAUAGCGACUGCAUUUUUAUUGUUCAUUCCACCAAGUCAUGAACAAUAGAUCCCCAGACUCUCUUUCAUGAGGAAUGUCUAAUCCGCACUCCCUCCUGACCUAUUAUCGAGGAGAGCAAUUUAGCACAGGAUGUUCAUAGAAAUCGUGCCACGCGCGCGUCUUUUGAUUUGACAAUUGAAUACUUUCAAAGGUUCCGAUACGCACAAUAGCUUUUCUCUCCGUUGAGAUCAAGAUUAAGAUUCCUCUGUCUCUUUCCCCAACACUGUUUCGACUUUAAGACAUUUAGCAUCGACAAUAUGCGUCAAAUUUCCUGUAAUCUAAAUGAUGAUGAUGAUGAUGAUAGUGAUGAUGGUAAAGAUGGCAUGGAUAAUGUCGAGAAUGAAAUCACGGGGAAACAGCACACCUCCACCACCACGACCACCAGCACAAACACUGGCAUUGUUACUUCCACUUAUCAAAAGCAUAAAGAAAAACAAAUAGUUUAAAAUAAUUUAAUUAACUUGUAGCUGAAGCCUAUUUUGCAAAUUUAGAAAUAAAGGAUAAAGAUAAGAUUUAAGAUUGAAGAAAUGUAUAGGCUAUAUAAUCCUUGACAAAUC